GGCUUGGCCCGUAGCUGUCUCCCAGCCGAGAGGGGGGACGGUGGGUGUGAGGCUGCGGCGCCGGUGAGGGAUCGGCGGGGCGGGGCGCAUCUUGGAGCCGGUGGCGGAUGCGUCCUUCGGGCGGUGGGUGAUAGAGACGCAGCUCCGGGGAGGCGGCGGCGCCGGCGCCGGCGAUGUACAGGUGACACACGUGUUCGAAGAGCCCGACCUACGGCGCCGAGACCUGCGGCUGACGGUCUCCUCCAUGCUGAAGGUGGGAUGUUCAAGGAGCUACCUCCUCCCAUUCGUUGCCUGAUUGUCCACCAUUCUCAACUGGAUGUGCUCACCUUUCAGGAUGUAACAUGGAAGAGAGCAAAUAACUUUCAAAGAAGCUGCUUCAUCAAAAGAAUGGCCUUUCUGGACAACCCUGCUAUUAUCCUGGCUCACAUCCGUCAGUCACAUGUCACAAGUGAUGACACAGGGAUGUGUGAAAUGGUUCUUAUUGACCAUGAUGUUGAUAUGGAGAAAAUGUACGCUCCUGUAUCCAGCAAUUUCAGGACAAAUGUGCAGGGGGAAGGGAGUGGUGAAACUCAGGUUUAUGACUACUCGCAAUCAGUUGACAUUACCUCAAGCUGGGAUUUUGGUAUUCGGAGACGAUCAAACACAGCUCAAAGGCUUGAACGAUUACGAAAAGAACGACAAAAUCAGAUUAAAUGUAAAAAUGUUCAGUGGAAAGAAAGAAACACUAUGCUUUCAGCUGAAGAACUAGCUUGCUUGUUUGAAAAGAAGGACUUCCGUGCAAAACCACUGAAUACUGCAACAUCAUCUGUGCUUUCUGUACGACUUGAACAUUGUCCACAGCAGCUGAACAACCCAUUUAAUGAGUAUUCCAAAUUUGAUGGCAAGGGCCACAUAGGUACCACAGCAACCAAAAACAUUGAUGUCUACCUCCCCAUGCAGACAAGCCAGGAUAAGAUGCAGCCAAUGACCGUGGUAACAAUGGCAAAUGCAAGAGUCCAAGAUCUGAUUGGCUUACUCUGCUGGCAGUACACCAGUGAAGGACGGGAACCCAAGCUGAACGAAAAUGUGGAUGUCUACUGCCUUCACAUUGCAGAGGACGAUGGAGAAAUUGAUGGCGAUUUUCCACCAUUGGAUUCCAAUGAGCCAAUUCACAAGUUUGGCUUCAGCACAUUGGCACUGGUUGAGAAGUACUCACCGCCUGGGCUGGCAGCAAAACAGUCUCUCUUUGUUCGGAUUAAUGCACCACAGAGUGGAUUCUCACUUAUUCAAGUUGACAGUAUGAAUGUCACUAUGAAGGAGAUACUACAGAAGGCUCUAAAACGAAGAAAAGGGUCACAAAAGGCUGCAGCUCUGCGGUCAGCGAGUCGGCACCAAAAAGGCGCAGCUCUCUGGACACACAAACCCCCGGCAGCUAACCCACUGCUCCCAAUGUUCUGUGUUCUCCCGCAACGCUUCAGUCAGGGGCACCGGCCGAGAAUCAACAUGUCCCCAGAGCCACAAAAUCCCAGGACUCUGAAGGCACGCUCAUCUUCCAGGCCGCAUCAUUGGGAUAUCAAAAAGCGGCUGGUCGUGAGGCCUUGAGAGCGGGUCCCAUUCCUGCUCAGAACCGAAGUCAGAGUGUAACUUCUGGUCGGGGUCUUCAAAAGAACCCCCGCGCCCUGAAAAGGAAAAAAAAGAGAUAUCAAAGAUAGAAGUAAAGCUGUUUCGGAAGAUGCAUGCAAAGGAGUCUCCGUUUCCCUGCCUUUUAAUGUUUGUGUGUACAUACAGUUUAUUUUCUAUGGGAGAUGACCACAGUUGUAUGGAUGUGUACGUGGAAUUAGUAAUUAUUUUGUUUUAUUGGUAUGGUAUCAUUCAGAAAAUAAGAGUUUUUUCAAAUUACUAAUCUGCACAGCCAAAAUUCCCUUGUUUUGCUGUUAAGGGAAAAAAUUUAUCUGGUGAGACAUUAUGAUGUAAUUUGAGAUAUUGAUAUCUUCAUUGAUAUUUAAAUAGCAAGUGGUAAACAACGGCUCAACAAUACAGGAUUUUAUCCUAAAAAGCACGCUUUCUUGUUGUAUUGUGUCACACUCACCUACCAUUUUAUGACAUGGGAGGACACCAACUGGGCCCAUGAAAGCUUCCAUUAGACUAAUCCUAUCAGUGGGACUUAGCAUGUCUGCCAGCAUCUAUAGCAGGGAAGGAUAGUCAACAUUUUAGGUCAAGAUUAUUCAUCUUUCCAAUGAGUUCCUUCAGUAGUUUGUAUCUCUGUUCAGGGUUCCAACAUCUCCAGUUGCUUGCAUCUGCGAUCCUGUCGGUAUUCACUUUUGCAUGUCCAGCAACUCCCUAUCUUUUGCCAGUCAGCUGAACUGAAGAGCAACUUGCGGUUUAGCCAUGCAUAUCUUUGUGAUGUUGGAGGAAACAAGAGCAUCCAACAAAAAUCUGCCCUGAGUAUGUGCAUAAUCCACAUAGACAGCACAUAGUUAGCAUCAAACCUGGCUGUGUGAUGCUUCAAGAUGGUAGCAGUGAUUACUGCACCACCAAUUGGACCCCCACUGGACAUUGGCUUUACUCUGAUUUACUUCGGUUGUCUCUACUGCUUUUCAAGGCUUAUCAUUCUUCCGAAGUGAUGCACUGUCUCACCUCAGCCUUUCCUUCAGUUUCCUUCCACGUUGUUGCUUGUCUUGCCGUCAACUGUUGGACUUUGUACUAAUUGCUUUAAUGUUUUUUUCCCAUGAGAAUGGAGGGAUCCCAUUUGGACCAAGGAUUUGAAUUUUGUGUAGAUAUGCUGAAUUUUGUUUGACUUCAAGUUUUCCCAUUUUGUCUUAUGCAUUUCAUUGUACCUUGGAAGGGCUCUUCUGCACUUGGUACAAUUUCAGACAUUGGCAGUGAGUGUAUUAAGAUCUUCAAUUGAAUAAUAGAAAAAAAUUGUUAAGGUUAGAAGGUUGAUGGUUGGAGAAUGGGGGAGAGAUUUUUUUUAAAUUGUGCUAUUAAGGAUUAGAUUUUUGUAGAGGAUCUUGCAUUUUGGAAAGGAAGGCCUCAUCAGUGGUUUUGAAUGCGUUGGCAAAAAGGGUUGUGUGAAGGUUGUUGCAGAGAAGAGUGUGGGUAGUAUUUCAUGAGUUAGAACAGAUAAUAAAUCCUUCCAGAGCAACUAGUUUGUGCAUCAGCUGUUGUCUGUCUUCCCCUCCCACCCUAGCUCCACUGAGCCUUUUGCUUCAGGCCAUCUUGGUGUCCCCGAACAUUUUUGUAACAAAGAUGACAUUUCAAACACUAGUAGUGUUUCAUGAGUAAUUUUUAAUCUUGGCUGAUUGCCUCUCUUUUCUGACCUUCUUCACUCUCACACACAAGUUAAACUAAAGACAUUUAUGUACAUUUAAGUUACUGAAUUGAUGUGGAUCUAAAUGUGUUUGCCAGAAAGACCAAUUCACAGCUACAUAUGGAAGCAAAAGCUGGCUCAAGGGCUGGUUAAAUACGAACAUAAUAUACACUGUGUACGGAGGCUUUUCUCUUUAUUGAGUCACACUUCAUUUGAGAAAUAAAUUGUCAGCAACUCCUCUUUCUGAUUUGUUGGGGGAUUAGUGCAAAGGGCAUUUUAACCUCUUUACUCUGCAGCUUUGGUAAGGCUGUUGAAGCCACAUCUUUCUCCACAACUUCCCUAAUAACAUUUUGGAUACAAUAUUUUGACCUCAUCUGUUUUACUUCGCCGUCAGAUUUUUUUCCUGGUCUUUUUUUAAAACUGUGAUCAACAAACAAAAGCUGCAUCGAGCUAAUGGUUCACUGGAAAGGCUAAAAGGUGGGUUAUAGGAUUCAGAAGGUUCCCUAAUGUGCAAUUGUGCGUAAGCCUAGGUGGAUGCCCCUUUUUUAAAAAAAGAGCUCUUGUGCAUGCUAUACAACUGCUUGGUAAUCUGCUUAUCAAUCUGAACAAAAAAAGCCUGUGGUUACAAAUAUCUUCAUUUUGAUCAUUUUAUUUUAAUGUAUCAUUACAAGAAGCUCUUUGUUUUUAUAUACACAAGAUAGUCUCAAACUUGGAUACGGUUACAACAGUGAUAUAUGACAGUUACCUGAAAUAGAUUGGAAAGCAGCAACAGACUAUCAUGAGUGUAUUUGAUUUGGCAGUGAAAACCAAUUCUUUUUCCAUGGAUAUUAACACAGCAAGUAGAAGCAUUUACAGCAUGAAAUGUAUCUUUCCCAAGGCAAUAUAAUGUAUGUUAAAAAUAUUCAUUAUAUUAGAUUUACUGAGAGUUAGGUUUUCAGCCUAGAUCACUUCAGCUGUCAGUAGACUGUUAGGUGGAAUUGGUUUAAAGUGGAGUUGUUUUACUGCACUGGAGCAGGUGUCAGAAACCCCUGACACAACUGGAAAUCCUGUCACUCUGCAUUUUGUUUCCAUCACAUUGAGCUGAAUUCAGAAAGAGCAGCAGGAGGAAAGUGGGGUACCAGAAGCAUGGAAGUAAGUUCAGUUUUUCCUUUAGAUUAAAAAGUGUGAUAUAUUUUUGAUCAACUCAGUGCAAUGCAUUUCUUGGAGUCAGAUGAAAUGGUUUAUUCUCCUUUUUCUUUGUGCCUGCACCUUGCAAAAACACACCUCACUGUUGUAUGCCCCUUGAUGCAAGUUUUGUACUCUGACUUAGAACAUAAAACGCUCCAGGCCUUUACAGGCCCUUCAACCAUGAUUUUGUACCAACACUUUAAUCUACUCUACGAUCAAUCUAACCCUUCCUUCCUACGUACCCCUCCUUUUUCUAUUGUCCAAGAGUUCCUUAAGUUCCCCUAAUGUACCUGCCUAUACCAGCACCCCUGGGCAGGGUGUUCCACGCACUCUGUGUUUUUAAAAAAAAAGAGAAAAACAACUUGCCCCACUUACACUGUACUCCAAUCACCUUAAAAUUAUAAAUGUGAAGAAGUCUGCAGAUGCUGGAAACACAAAGCAACACUCACACAAUGCUGGAGGAACUCAGCAGGUCAGGCAGCAUCUGUGGAAAUCAAUAAGCAGUGACAUUUCAGGCUGAGACCCUUCUUCUGGAUUGGAAAGGAAGUGGGGAAGACACCAGAAUGAAAACGUGGGGUGAGAGAAAAGAAGUGAGCUGGAAUGGGAGAAGGCAGGAAAAGGGUACUGAUUGUGGAUGAUCAGCCAUGAUCACAGUGAAUGGUGGUGCUGGCUCGAAGGGCUGAAUGGCCUACUCCUGCACCUAUUGUCUAUUGAAUGUCACAAACAAGAGAAAUCUGCAGAUGCUGGAAAUCCGAGCAACACACACAAAAUGCUGGAGGAACUCAGCAGGCCAGGCAGCAUCUAUGGAAAUAUAGCCCCCUCGGCCAGCCUCAGGGUCGCUCGGCUCGCUGUCAUCUAGGGAAAUAGCCCUCGGCCCCGCCAAACUGGGUAAUCAGUUUGUGUGGAUGCUGUGUGAUGUACCCCACCCCGCCCAAAUAACAGACAAUACACCAGAUACGAUUAAAUAAUUUACUGGAACUAUAUAAUUAAUAGAGAAUAAAAUAUAAAAGGAAAAUAAAAGGCACCACACUUAUCAAAGUUCAGUCUCUUCGUGCACAAAUAGUUGGAGCUCAGGACCCUUCUUCUUCACCCUGCGACCCCUUGGACCACCUCGACCGGCCGCCUGGGACCAACAAUGGUGGUCGACCAGAUGCUCUACACGAGACUGUCUCCUCUCCUCACCAAAUGCCCCGCUUGGGGUCCGACCCUGUUAGCGGACUCACAGCACCUGGACCAUCCUCUGUCUCUCUCUCCCGCCUUCUCCCCCCAAAACCCCGCGCAUACAAUAUCUUACAGACACAACAAGAACAUAACAACUAUCCCAAUUGGUUCAUAACAUCUUCUUAUCAGUAACGUGAUCCAAACAAACUACUAGCGGGAGGACUUUCUCAGCAGUUAACAUAACAAAGAAGCCCUUUCAAUUAUAACAUAACAAAGAAGCCAUUUUAAUUAGACUACGCAGUGACAUAAAAAAAAAGAAACCCCUUACAGAAAAAAGCCCUGCCAAAGGGUUUUGGCCCAAAACGUCAACUGCUUUUUUUCAUGCAUGCUGAGUUUCUCCAGCAUUUUGUGUGUGUAGCUGAAAGGUGAUGGGUGAGGUCAGGUGGUGGGAAAGGACAAGGGCUGGUGAAGAAAGAAUCUGAUAGGAGAGGAAAGUGGACCAUAUAGGUAGAUGAGAAGAGGUGAAAAGUCAGAGCGGGGAAUAGAGGAAGAGGCGAGGGGGGGUUUUACCGGAAGGAGAAAUUGAUGUUUAUGUCAUAAGAUUGGAGGCUACCCUGCUGGAAUAUAAAAUGAUGCACCCCGGUAUUAAUCAUUUUUGCUCUGGAAGGAAGUCUCUAGAUAUCCACUUGAUCUAUGCCUCUUAUCUUGUACACCUCUACCAAGUCAGCUCUCAUCUCCUUCGCUCCCUCCCAAGAGGGAUCUCAAUCGCCUUAGCUGUUGCUUCAGUUUUCUUUGCUCCAACAAGAGUGAAAUAUUUACAGACAAUUGUCUUCAUAAUUUUGGAGCUACAAGCUUCAUGUCAUGAAUUGCUAAGUUGUUACUCGAUCCAAAAGCAUUAAAUAUUCUGUAUGUUGUUUUAUCUGUGGCUAUAAUUCCCAGUCAGAUCAGCUUCCAGCUUAGAAUUGAAGUCUGUUUUUUUUCACUAAUCCAGACCAUUGAGGUUUUAAAUGUUGUUGUGAAUUGGUUUUAAUUUUCAGUGUUCUGAAAGUAUUUCUUUGGGGUGAAUUAGUGUUCAUUUUACUGGAUAGAUGGGCUGGUUAGUGUAUGAUCAGCUGUUUCCAGUAUUAAUAUAUACAGAACCCAAAUAAAAUCAUACAGCUACUUUAAUGCUGAUUGUCCUGAUGUAGAGACUCAGCCCGAAACAUCUAGCUAUUUAUUCCCUUCCAUCAAUGCUGCCUGAGCUGCUGGGCUCCUCCAGAAUUUUAUGUGUGUUGCUCAUGAUUUCCAGCAUCGAGAGAUGUUGAGACCCUGGUUAAGGAAAAGGAGGAGGUACAUAGCAGUUAUAGACAGGUCGGAGCAAAUGAGGUACUUGAGUACAAGAAAUGCAAGAGAAGACUGAAAUAAAUCAGAAGGGCUAAAAGAAGGCAUGAGAUUGUUCUAGAAGACAACGUGAAGGAGAAUCCUAAUCCUUCAACUGAUAGGUUGAGAGCAAAAGGACAGCAAGGGACAAAAUUGGUCCUCCGGAAGAUCAAGGGAGUAAACUAUACUUGCAGCUGAUAAAGAUGGGGGAGAUCUUUGCAUCUGUAUUAACUCGAGAGAUGGACAGAGUCUAAAGAAGUGAGGCAAAGCAGCAAAGAGGUCAUGGACCCUACACAGAUUACAGAGGAGGAGAUGGUUGCUGUCUUGAGGCAAAUUAGGGUGGGUAAAUCCCCAGAGCCUGCCAAGGUGUUCCCUUGGGCCCUGUGGGAGGCUGGUGCAGAAAUUGCAGGGGCCCUAGCAGAGAUAUUUACAACAGCCUUAGCCCUGGGUGAGGUGCCAGAGGAUUGGAGGAUAGCUAAUGUUGUUCUGUUGUUUGAAAAAGCCAGGAAAUUUUAGGCUGGUGAACCUGACAUCAGUAGUGGGAAAGUUAUUGGAAGGUAUUCUAAGGGACUGGAUAUAUAAGUAUUUGGACAGACAAGGACAGGCAGCAUGGCUUUGUACAAGCUGGGUCGUGUCUAACCAAUCUUAAAUAAUUCUUCAAGGAAGUUACCAGGAAAGUUGAUGAAGGUUAGGCUAUGAAUAUUGUCUACAAGGCUUUGACAGAGUCCUGCAUGGGAGGUUGGUCAAGAAGGUUUGGCUGCUUGGCAUUUAAGAUGAGAUAGUAAAUUGAUUUAGAUAUUGGCUUCACAGGAGAAGCCACAGAAUGAUAACAGAUGGUUGCCUCUCUGACUGGAGGCCUGUGACUAAUGGUGUGCUGCAGGGAUCAGUGCUGUGUCCAUUGUUGUUUGUCAUCUACAUCAAUGAUCUGGAUGAUAAUGUGGUAAAUUGGAUCAGCAAAUUUGUCGAUGACACCAAGAUUAGGAGUGUAGUGGACAGUGAGGAAGACAAUCUGAGCUUGCAGUGGGAUCUGGACCAGCUGGAAAAAUGGGCUGAUAAAUGACAGGUGAAAUUUAAUGCAGUCAAGUGUAAGGUGUUGCACUUUGUGAGGGCCAGCCAGUGACAUGAUAAGUGUCAUGAUCCAUAACUCCUUGAAAGUGUCAUCAUAGGUAGAUAAGGUCAUAAAGAAAGUCACAUUGUCUUUCAUAAAUUAAUGUAUUGAGUACAGGAGUUGGGUUGUUGUGUUGAAAUUGUACAAGACUUGGUGAGGCCUAAUUUGGAGUAUUGUGUCCAGUUUUGGUUACUUGCCUACAAGAAAGAUGCAAGUAAGAUUGAAAGAGUGCAGAAACAAUUUACAAGGAUGUUGCCAAGAAUUGAGGACCUAAGCUUUUGGGAAAGGUUAAAAAAGUUAGGACUUUAUUCCCUAGAGCAUAGAAGAUUGAGGGGAGAUUUGAUAGAGGUAUACAAAAUUGAGAGGUAUAGAUAAGGUAAAUAAAUGUAAGCAGUCUUUUUCCACUGAGGUGGGUGCAACUACAACUCGAGGUGAUGGGUUAAGUGUGAAAGGUGAAAUGUUUAACUUUCACUCAGGGUGGUGAGUGUGUGGAAUGAGUUGCCAGAAGAAGUGGUGGAUGUGGGUUUGAUUUCAACAUUUGAAAUUUGGAUAGGUACAUGGAUGGGAGGGUUAUGGAGGGCUAUGGUCCUGGUGCAGGUUGAUGGGACCAGUUAGAUUAAUGGUUCAGCAUGGACUGGUACUGAAGGGCCUGUUUCUGUAUUGUAGUGUUCUAUGACUCUGACUCUGUCUGUAGAAUCUCUUAUGUUUAUGAUUAGCUGCUUUAAUUCCAUAAUUUGCAUCUAUUAUUUGGUGGUCUUAUAAAUUUAGUGUGCAAAAUCCAAGAACCAACUUGGUGCAAAUCGAACGUUAACUGAGCUUAACUUGAAUGUGAUAACUUUUCAUAAACAAUAGGGACGUAUUGUUUUGGAUGUUGAUGUCACAUAAUUGUCAGUGAGGUGAACCCCAUCAUCCAGACUCUGGCUGCUUUUGGAUACAGCACUGAACUGGCACAGGCUCUUUAUUUCCUAAGUGAGAUUUUCAAGCAUCUUUGAGCCUUCUCGUAGCCAUCUCACCAUUGUCACUGACAUACUUCACAAUCUUUUCUCAACCAAUUAAGUGACAAUCCACAAUACGUUGUUGUGGUACAUUAUGUUUAUCAACCAUACUAAAGAUAUGAAGAGAGGUAUUAUUUUAACCAAAGCAUUCUAAUUAUUUGGUUAAUAUUAAGAGUCAUGGUUCAUGAAUAAUGAACCAAAAAGCAGUUGCUUUUCCCAAGCAGUAUGGCUGAACCCAUUAACCCACUCCUCCACACCCUACCAUUCCUGUCAGUUAUCUUAUGUACAGACACACCUUUGCCUAGUGUCACUUUAUGGACACACAAUCAAUCUGUGUAUUUAUGCUAUCUUACAUAUUUAUAAUUACUGUUGUGUUAUCAAUGUUUUUGUGCUAUCGAUCCAGAGUAACAAUUAUUUUGUUCUCCUUUUCUUUUGCACCAGAAAUGACAUUAAAACAAUCUUGAGUUUUAAAUCUUUGUGCCUUGCUCUCUGCCCUGAAGGGUGCCGUAAGCAAUUUUAUUUACCUCAUUUCAGCAAACAUCUUUUCGUCAUCAUUCGCUGCUGUAGAUUUAAUGAUCUGAACUACUAAUUGUUAACCACAUUCAAAAGAAGACCGUGGUUGAUUGGAAUGGUCCGAACAAGGAAGUGAGUGAUAGCAAACCUAGUUAAAUGUGAAGUGGCCAAAACCUGCAACUUAGUUGAUCUCUAGUGAUCUGCUCAGUUUAGUUACGAUUUUUAUCCAUUAGCUUGUGACUGGAUGAUGGUGAUUUGGUUGCAUCCAACUGUCUAGAGAAAAUUGGAUCUUUGAUAAGCACCCUGUUAUCAGAGGGGGCUCGUUUCUCAUUUGCAUUUAGAUGAGUAUUGAUUAUUUAUUUACUCAACUGGAGUGGGAUUCUUUUCCAAUUUUAACUGAAUUGUCUGUGUUGUCAGUUGAAAGAGAGAUAAAGCUCCUGACACCACCAUGAGAUAAGAACACUUUGUAGUGAAGAUAAAAGUUCGAAGGGACCUUUUUCUGUUGUUGACUGAAAGUGAAAGUUUAAAAAUUAGAAUUGAUGGGUCGUGUUUCCAAAACGUUUUCAGUAUUUUUUUUCCAAUUUAGCCAGGUUUGUUAGGAAAGUAACCUGUCUUUUCACCACGCUGGCCUCAUCUGAACUGUGCAUUCAAACAAAAGGCAAGGCUCCUUUGUUUCAAAAAGCAGUUGAAAGACAAGAUCUUAUCCCACAGUAAAAUAAUGGGAAUGUUGAAUAUGUUACUGGUAUUGAAGGAGAUGUUGUUUGGUGCAGCUUUGCAUUUAACACAAGUUAAAUACCUCCUGUAGUUGCGCAUUACUGUAGCAGUUCUUUGUUUUGGUUAAUUUAGAGAUGAGUAUAAUGUAAAGGGCAGCCAUAGCUUCCGCCUGUGUGUCUGCAAACACCUGCACUGUUGGUUGUGUGAUACAGCAUGUUUAUGCAUACACAGGGCUUUCUACAAUUGCAAUAAUGUGCCUGCUGUCUCAUAUGGUAAAACCCCCAGUUGACAUGUAAUAUCCUAAAGUGUCUUACAGAUUAUGAUCUGUCACUUUGCAGAAUUUAUAUUGAUUUACAAAGACAGCUUGUGUUACUGUAGCCAUCAAAGAUUAGUGCAGCAUUUUUACACUAUACAAUCAGAAGAGCUGAUAAUAUUUGGACAAUUUAUUGAAUUGUAAUAAUUAAACAAUGUGAUUCAGAGUAAUUAAUAUUGUAAGAUUUAACGUUUCAAAA